UCUGCAGGGUAGGUAUCCUCAUUAAUGAAUGCCCUCGCUGCUGGAGAAUACAAGGCUAGUGAGUGAUGGAACGCGGACCUGACCCCAGCAUGGUCUCACUUGCAUACCUUGAGCAGAGUAUCUGUCAGGCCAGAGCUGCUGUGAUGGUUUACGAUGAUGCCAACAAGAAGUGGGUGCCAGCUGGCGUGGUGGGCAGGAAGAUUCAGGACCAUCAGGUGGUGAUCAAUUGUGCCAUUCCUAAAGGGUUGAAGUACAAUCAAGCUACACAGACCUUCCACCAAUGGCGAGAUGCUAGACAGGUGUACGGUCUCAACUUUGGCAGCAAAGAGGAUGCCAAUGUCUUUGCAAGUGCCAUGAUGCAUGCCUUAGAAGUGUUGAAUUCACAGGAAACAGGGCCAACAUUGCCUAGACAAAAUUCACAGCUUCCUGCCCAAGUUCAGAAUGGCCCGUCACAAGAAGAAUUGGAAAUUCAAAGGAGGCAACUUCAAGAGCAGCAACGGCAGAAGGAGCUGGAGAGAGAAAGGAUGGAGAGGGAGAGGCUGGAGAGGGAGAGGUCCGAGAGGGAGAGGCUGGAGAGAGAGCGCCAGGAGCAGGAGCAGCUGGAGAGAGAGAGGCAGGACCGCCUGGAGCGGGAGAGGCAAGAGCGGGAGCGGCUGGAGAGACUGGACCGCGAGAGACAAGAGCGGGAGCGCCAGGAGCAGCUGGAGAGGGAACAGCUGGAAUGGGAGCGCGAGCGGAGAAUACCCGCCGCUGCUGCCCCUGCCUCUGUGGAGACUCCUCUAAACUCUGUGCUGGGAGACUCCUCUGCUUCUGAGCCAGGCUUGCAGGCAGCCCCUCAGCCGGCCGAGACGCCAGCCCCACCGGGCAUUGUCUUGGGACCACCUGCGCCUCCACCCCCUCCUCCGCUCCCACCAGGCCCUGCCCAGGCUCCAGGGGCGCCCCCUCCUCCCCCAGGACCGGAGCUUACCAUCUAUGUGUGUUUCGUUAAGAUGGAGGACGCCUCUUUCCCAAGCGGGGGCGGUACCGUUGGCGUGAAUUCGGCCUCGUCCAAAGCCGACACGGGUCGUGGGAACGGACCCCUUCCUCUCGGGGGCAGUGGUUUAAUGGAAGAAAUGAGUGCCCUGCUGGCCAGGAGGAGGAGAAUUGCCGAAAAGGGGUCAACAGUAGAAGCAGAGCAAAAAGAGGACAAAAGUGAGGACACGGAGCCCGUCAUUUCUAAAGCCUCUUCCACAAGUACCCCUGAACCAACAAGAAAACCGUGGGAAAGAACCAACACCAUGAACGGCAGCAAGUCUCCUGUGAUAUCCAGACGGGAUUCUUCGAGGAAAAAUCAGAUUGUUUUUGACAGCAGGUCCUGUGGUCCGUUACACAGACCCAAAUCCGCGCCCUCAUCGCAGCCCAGUGCCAACGGAGUCCAGGCCGAGGGACUAGACUACGACCGGCUGAAGCAGGACAUCCUAGAUGAAAUGAGGAAAGAACUCACCAAGCUAAAAGAGGAGCUCAUUGAUGCAAUCAGGCAGGAACUGAGCAAGGCCAACACCGCGUAGAGAAGCGAACUGCGGAGAGAGAGGACUUGAACCCGCAGGAGGAAAGACACACCGACCAACAGCGACGGCGAACCACGGGCCCUCCGUUUGUGAGCCGUGAGAAGGUGAUGGAGACGGUCGGAAGGGGGGGGGCGAGGGGGGCACCAACCUACUUUGAAAGCCUUCAGACACCAUGACUCCGGCGGCCAGCUAUUUCUCUCCCAGUUUGCUGCUUUACUCUGACCUUUUCAACGGGAUGGAAGAGCCGUGGAACGUUCCAGAAAAACGCUACAUAAAGCCCGCCAGGCAAGAUCGCCCGCCGCUCAUCGAAAUACUUUUUCCGGUCAAGAUCGGAUCUCACAUUUCCACAACCCAUGGCUUAAAACUAAAGAGGAGCGAGGCUUACAGAGGGUUUUUUUGCAGAGAGCGCUGAUGAAGAAUUCAGCAGGUCAUGCUAUUGUAUUGUACAUGUUUCUCUCAGGUUCGUCUUCCUAUCAUACUUAGUCCAUGAAUAUCGAGUGAGCCCCGUGUAGGUUUCGAUCGUCCAAGGUGGGACAAAACGGAAUAGCUGUGUGCUUUCGAGGGGUGAUCUCUCUCAAGAAAGCGUCCCAAAAAAACGACUUUGUCCGGCUGGAGGAGUUUCAGGAUGAUGGGAAGUCUCUCGCGUUAGCCUUUCACGCAAUUUUGUAGAUUUAAAACCUAAAAUCCGUUCCGGAAUUUAAGAGAUUUAAAUGCCUUCCUAAAUUGUUACAAUGCUUUUACCAAAUCGAUGACUCCGACAUCACACAAAGCAGUGGUCAAAUGUAAGACGAUAAUAUUGUAGAUUUUCCUGUAGGUUUUCGACCUUUUGUAGACUUCUGCAUGUGGACAUUUUUAUAAUGUAACGACUCAACCACCACAAGACGCGCUUUUUUAAAUUGCCAGACAGUAAUGCAUGUCACCGUUACUACGUAGUGGCCUUUUCAAGGCCUGGUCCCAGGGAAAAGGAAAAGAAAAAAACACAUUUUGUAGCAUCGAGGGGAGUGGGAGGGAGGGAAGGAAUAAUUUUUUUAUUUCAAGUUCAUCUCUGCGCUAUCUUUUUUUUUCUCGAUUACCUGCAUGAAAAAAUAACGGUGAGGACUCUCUCAUGGCUUUCAUUGGUUAAUAUGUAACAGAGCCAAGUACGCAAUCCUCUCCGUCACAUCUUCAGCGGUUUGUCUCUGGGCUUCGGGUGUUUCAAGGGUCUGACACACGAUUCUGCAGGUUCUACACGCUCCCGGCCACAGAGCUGCUUUGGGGAUUGUGUGUUGUUGAAUGACAAGCGCUGACGAUGGUGGCAGCAGUUAAGGUCGUGGAAAGCGUUGGGUGAGGGGCAGCCACCGAGGAGUUGGGCAUAAUUUUCUUUAUUAAUAAAUAAAGUGAGACUCGGGUGGCGGGAACGAGGAAUUAGUUCCUCUGCCUCCCAACUGUGCGUGCACAUGUGUGUUCGUGCGGGCACACGCGUGUGGUUGUAACCCACUCCCCCCCCCUUUUUUUUUUUGACAUUUUGUAAGAUUAAAAUAGGGCAGAAAUCCUAUCUGUUGCAAUGAUAGAUUUUUUUUUUUUUUUUUUUUUUUACAUUUAGGAAAUCAAAAGUCCUCUAGGCUCUCCACCCUGAUUCAUGCUUGAGUUGUUAUGUGCCAUAUUUGCUUUGAUGUCUUUGGUUAUCACUAAAAUGUUCCAGAAGGAAUAAUCCACCCGCUUUCUAGAUUUGGUCCAUCUCAGUCCGUAAGACGGGACUUGUCCAUAAUGGUAGCUGGCUGGGUGCGGCCGGUGUGCAGCGUUGUCACGGCUUGAAUGAGGUUUGAAUGAGGGAUUUUUUUUUUUCUUCUCCUUAUUAAAGUAGUUCUGUUUCUGUACAAACUUCCUUUUUAGGUUGAUCUGUGUUAGAUGAGCUACCAUAGUUCAAGUGCACAGUUCUCUUACUCUGUCCGCCCUCCAUUGUCAUGCAUUCGUAGUAAAGACAUUAAGGAUGCCACAAGCUUACAAAGUACUGUUUUCUUAAAGGCAUAGGAGGCAUUUUCACCUUUAUUAUUGUACCUUUUGGUUAUGUAAACACUCGUGAUCUGAACGCUUAUGUCCCCUAUCAAUCUGGUCGGAAGUAACUUGGGGUUUUGUUGGUUUAAGUUCAAUAGUCUACGCUAGGGCAGAGGACUGUGGGGUACGAGUGGUCCAGAGGAAGAUGAAAGACGACAAUAAAAUGCUAGCUCUGACAAGGAAA